CGUCAUCAUCGUCAAAGCAAGCUGCAGAUAACAGUCGUGGUAUUAGCGGUCACCUAUUGACCCUUCAUCAACGUCUUUACCAUGCUCUCAAUCUUGGCACUAGUAUCGGAUCCCAUCUGUCUCAGCGUGCUGGUGGGAGGUAGCAGGUUCUCGGUCAAAUAAUCGAGGUGUGCUCAAGCUGAAUCGACCACCACCAUCAUCAAAAGAAAAGAAAAAAGUAUGUAAUCUCGGAUUGAAUCUGUUUAUGCUUGGUUUUGAGGCUCUUUUGGAUUCAACAAAGACACUUAUGAUUGGUUGGGCUGCAAUUAGAUUAAAAGAGGAUAUAUAUUGGAGUCCCUGCUGCUUCAUGACAUUCCAUAUUUACCUUUAUAAACUUUUUGCAGCGGAGCUAGCUGAAUCUUUUGGUUACCAUUAGUGUAUGUAGCUGAAAACAAGUUAAGUUGCAUUGUUCUAGAAAUAUAACUGACUGGAUCUAGAUGAUCGUGGUGUGAAGGGGAAGAAAAAGGCAGACGAUUUGUUUUCAAUAAGUUGACCAGAUUUUGAUGCUGCAAAGCAAGGGAACUUAUGUCUGCCAAAUAGCCGAUGGCAAAAGGGGAAUCAUUUGAAAUGCUUAAACCAAGAGAUAAGUUAAUUAAUAUUGUCUUAUUUCGAAAUAUAAAACCUCCUUGUACCAAGCAUGGGUGUAAUUUGGAGAAUCUGAUUACAUACAAGAUAGCUAUGGAAAGAAGCUGUCUUAUGUGCACCAAGAAUGGGCGAGUAAGUCUUGCAUCUGCGAGAUUUGAUAUAAAGACCAUAAUAGUUAGUUCCUUGGAUGGGGAAAUCUCUUUAAGAGAACUGCAAAAGGUGAAUUCAUACAGGGAAACACAUGUAAUAUUUCAACAGAAGAGCCCAAGAUUAGGAGUGCAACAUCCUUGCUAUGCAUAUGUGUUUUUCUUAGAUAUUGCGAUGAUGGGGUUCAAAAGUUGCAUUAUUCUGAUAAUGAGAUGCAAAGACUAGUACUUCGUUCAGUUGAUGCAUUUCUUGAUAAUAUAUCUGCCGAGUCAUUACAACACCAAGUUGUGAAGGUUACUACGGAAGUGCAAGAGACAGAAACGAACUACAACUUGGAGAUGCAUCAUGAGUCAGUCGGUGGCAUAGUUGCAGCUGUAGGAAGUAUUCUAGCAUCAAAAAGUGCAGCCACAUUAAGAUUGGCCUCAGAUGUAGCUGUAAAGAUCGUCCGCGUCAUACCAAGUACAAUGCUGCAACUUCAUUUGGCCAAUCUCAUCCAUCCUUUAUCAUCCUUGUUAAGUUUCCAGGAAUUACGAGUUGCUAUAUCUUGCGCCUCUGCCUUGAAUUUGAUAUUAUCAAAUCUGAGUUCUAAAAGAGAGAAAGAGGUUUCGGAUAUCUUAAGAACCACAAACGUGGUCGGUAAUCUAGUCCAGAAUGUUAAAGGAUACUCCAGUGACAAUAAGCCAACUGAGUACUUUCAAGAGAUGGCCUCUUUGUUAAGUAAAAUUUUGUGGCGUUGGCCUCCUCCUCGGUUCCGUGUUUGGACUGAUACGAAAUUGUUGAAUAUCUUAGAUACUGUCAAGCUCAAUCCUGACUGCUCCAUCAGAAUUGCUGUUCUGCAGCUAUAUUCUGCUUUAGCUCUAUGUGGCAAUGGAACUAAGAAGCUUUUGGAGGACGGAGAAGGUCUUGUAAAAAUUAUGGUGGACAGUUUGGACAGUUCAAACCCUUAUUCUGUCCAGAUAGAGGGAUUAAGACUUGCUCAAUGUUUAACGAAAAGUGAACAAGGAUGUUCGAAAAUUAAUAAAUCAUCUUGUGAGCCUUUUGUGAAAGCUGUGAUUACCUUAAUGAGUAACUGGAGUUUUGAUGCUGGAAAGCUUGCUAAGUGCCAAAUGUCAAUACUAGUCGAAGCAUGCCGUUUGGCUCUGAUCACUCGUUGGGCAGGGGACCACCAGUUUUAUCUUUGGAAGGCAGGAGUUGAUGGGGUUCUUCUUAGUCUUCUCAUAGGAAAUUCUGACACGACUCAGCAGUCUCUGCAUAGCUUAUCUCUGCAAGAACAAAUCGUCAAGUUAGAAGAGGUUUUUGAUAAAUAUGUUCUUCUUCCACUGAGACCAUAUGUUUGGGAUAUUCUUGGAUGGCUUGCAGCAAAUUGUAUGGAAGAUUUCUCCCCCAAGAUGCAUGGAAAUGAGACUUCGUUUAAUGCUCUUGUUAUUUGUGCAUGCUUGGCCUUCGUGGACUCUAUCCUCACAGCUCGCCAAAUUUCUCAAGGGAGUGUUUGUCUUUCAUCGGAGAGUGAGCCAGCAUCUAGAGCAGUCCUUAUGAUGAUUUAUUCUCCCAGCAAGUACAUUGCUUCUGAAACAAGAUUCAUCCUAUCUGAAGUUCUGUCACUGAAGGGGAAGGACUACGUGGAAUAUUUACUGGAUAUUUUGAAAGCAGUAUCUUCUGGAAACAAGUUUGGAAUACCGAGUAAUUUUAGACUUGUCAUAACCUUGAUAACUCUGGCAUGUUAUUCAGCUCUGCCAAAAAUUCGUAAGCAUGUAAUUCAGCACGGAGGAAUACCCACUCUGUUGAGCUUCAUUAGUUGGUGGUUAGAUAAUCCUGUCCACCUAAAUAGAUCCAGUGUGGCUCCUCAUGUACAGAACUAUUUCAGUGAAAGGACUUGUUGCUGGCCUUCUUCUGAAGAUUGGGAAGGUGAAGAUAUGCUUUUACUUUUUGGACUUAUGGCUCUUGGUGAGUUGAUAAAUGCGAAAAAUUGCGGUGGUCUCUUUUGUAAUCAGAUGGAGUCGCGAGCUGCUUUUAUCAGAGAACUUCAAGAGAUCUGUAUUAACAAUUCUAAUCCUGGACCACGAUGGUAUGCUGCUUAUAUCCUUCGCCAUUUUGGAUUAUACGGUUUUCCAAGUAAGUUUGGGAGAGAGUUUCGGGAGCUCCUUACUGACAAUGAAUAUACUGAUGUGGAGCUUAUAAUUAAAAAUCAGGAACCGGUGCAUGUCCAUGGUGUUAUUCUUCUGGUUAGAUGCCCAUCAUUGUUACCUCUUGAAGAAUUGUUUAAAGAGAAAAAAUUUGGUUCUUCCUCAGAGCAGGAUUCAGAUUCAUGCUAUAGGUUAAUCACCAAAGUUCGUCUCUCAGCUCAUGUUGAUUGCCAGUCAUUGACAAAGUUAUUAGAGUAUAUUUAUUCGGGAUUCUUUGAAGCAGGAGAAGACCUUGUGAAAAAGUUGAAAAUUUUAGCCAGACAUUGCAAUUUGCAACCUCUAGUACAAUUGCUUUAUGGAAGAAGUCCGAAAUGGGGAACUCCAUUCCCAAGUUCCGACAUUAACUCUGCUCUUGGGCCAGCUGGACGUAAUUUUUCGGAUAUUAUUUUGGAGGCUGAAACUUCCCGACCAAGUAAUGAGGACUGCAAUUCUUGCUCCAUAUCUGUUUUACACCUGCAUGUUCACAAAGUUGUACUAUGGUCAAGUUGUGAAUAUUUACGGGCCCUCUUUCAGUCAGGAAUGCAAGAAAGCCAUUCGCUCACCAUCAAGGUGCCAGUUUGUUGGGACUCCUUGGUUAAGCUAGUCAGCUGGUUCUAUUCUGGUGAGUUGCCUAGACCAAUAUCUGGCUGUUUAUGGGAUAAUCUGGAUAAGGAGGAAAAGCUACACGAACUCCAGCCCUAUGUAGAACUAUGUUCGCUUGCUCAAUUCUGGCUCUUAGAAGAUUUGCAUGACGAAUGUUUUAGACUGAUUGUAUCCAUUUUGGAUUCCUAUCAUUACUUGUCUAUUAAAAUCACACAGAUGGCUGCUAAUCUCAAUCAGUGGAAGCUAGUCGAAGUUGCAGCAGAGUAUCUGGCCCCUAUGUAUCAUCAUCUACGUAACUCAGGCGAGCUUGAUGUAUUGGAUGAACAUCUCAUUGAAAUUGUCCGUGCUGCCUCAGUUCAGUUUUCUCAAAGAAAUGGACACUUGCUCUCAUUGACAUGAUGUUUCUAGUCAGAUUUUAGAUAAUACGACUUCUUGGACAUAGAGGGCAUACUUUCAGGCUUUGACCAGAGUGGUUGCGUUUAUGGUGUUCAGUAAUAGCUUGAAGGAUCUAGGGACAUACUUAAUUAUCUGUCCACUCAAGGGGUUGCAAGCAAAUGGUUUGAUACAGUCUGCGAAAGUCCUUCCAACUCAAUCAAUCAAUAUCAUUAUGCUGUGUGUGAUCGCUUUGCAGCAACUGUAUGUUUGUGUAGCAAUUGGAUCUUUUCUACAAGAAAUAUACAUAGACGAGUUAACCUUUGUACAGCUUUAUAUAGGAAAAGCUUGUCCAGUGGUAACCUUUGUACAGCUUUUAUCCUCAAAGGAGUUUUCGUUCAAUGUGGGCAGAAGCCUACAUUCGUGCAAGUCAUCCUUUUGCAAUGCCAUCUUUUGCUGCCUCUGCUUUUACGCACAGCUUUUGCCGAUAUCAUAAAUGGAAGUACACUCUGUGUUGGUUCUUAUUCAUUUUUGUUCAGCAAGGGUAAGGAACAUCUUUCUAAGGGAGUUUUGAUUUUGAUGCGGACAAAAACCUAAUCAUUUAGGGGUCAUUUGGUAUAUGGGAUAAGGCUAAUAAUUCCAGGAUAGAUAUCGGGAUUAACUUUAUCCCAUGUUUGGUUUCAGGUAUUAGCUAAUCCGGGGACAACUUUUACACUAGAAUGGUGGGAUUUAUUAUCCCAUAUAAAAGGUGGGACAACUAAUCUCAUGGGAUAUCCCACUAUUGUGCCAAACGACCCCUUGUGCAUUCCUUUUGUUGCUGCCCCUGCUUUGAUUCUAGAUACCAUAGUUCAAACUAAGGAACUCGGACAAUGUAUGUAUAGUGGAAAAAUCAUUCUGGUUUAGUGCUCUUUUGAGCUGCUUUAGCUCUUUUGGUGA